AUGCUAUCCCAAAUAGGAUCUUGGCAACGGAUCACAAACCGAUGUUUCAAUUGUUCUCGGACUAUUCUUCUUCGAAAUGCGUCAUCCUCAUCAUCCAGUAGUGAACAACAAUUCGAUCUAGUUGUUAUUGGAUCUGGACCUGGUGGAUAUGUAGCAGCUAUAAAAGCUGCUCAGCUUGGCCUUAAAACAGCAUGUGUUGAAAAGAACGCUACAUAUGGUGGAACAUGUCUUAAUGUUGGUUGUAUACCUUCGAAAGCCAUGUUACACAAUUCUCAUCUAUAUCAUAUGGCACAACAUGGUGAAUUGAAGAAAAGGGGAAUUGAAUUUCAAAAUGUUUCGCUUAAUUUACCUGUCUUUUUGAAGCAAAAAGAUGAUGCUGUAAAAGGUCUCACUAGUGGCGUUGCUUACCUAUUUAAAUCGAACAAGGUAACUGGUGUUCGUGGUCAUGGAUCUAUUAGUGGAACUGGUGAAGUAACUGUCAAGAAAGAAGAUGGAUCAAGUGAAAUUCUGAAAACUAAAAACAUCCUUAUUGCUGUUGGCUCUGAAGUAACACCAUUUCCAGGUAUCACUAUCGACGAGGAAUCCAUUGUCUCGUCGACGGGUGCACUUUCACUUAAGCAAGUGCCUAAAAAGAUGGUACUGAUCGGUGCUGGUGUUAUUGGACUUGAACUGGGUUCUGUAUGGAGUCGUUUAGGUGCAGAUGUGACAUGUGUAGAAUUUCUGUCUAAUAUCGGCGGUGUUGGUAUCGAUAUGGAAGUUAGUAAAGCAUUUCAAAAGAUUCUCACAAAGCAAGGCCUCAAAUUUAAACUUGAUACAAAAGUCACCGGUGCAGAAAAGUCUGGUGACGGUAUUCGUGUCAAUGUCGAAGGCGCCAAAGGUGGAAAUGGUGAAACGCUCGAUUGCGACACUCUACUUGUCUGCAUUGGUCGUCGACCGUAUACCAAAGAACUCGGCCUUGAUAGUGUUGGAAUUCAACUAGACAAACGCGGUCGGAUUGAAGUCGAUAAAAAUUUUCAAACAGCUUGCAAAGGUGUCUAUGCCAUUGGUGACUGUAUUCAAGGACCUAUGUUAGCACACAAAGCUGAAGAUGAAGGCAUUAUCUGUGUUGAAAUAUCAUGGGUUGGAAAAUCUGAGGAACAACUAAAACAAGAGGGAAUCAAAUAUAAGGUCGGCAGAUUUCCAAUGGCAGCAAAUAGCCGUGCGAAAACGAUAAAUGAAGCCGAAGGUUUUGUUAAAGUACUAUCCGAUGCUAAAACUGAUCGAAUACUUGGAGUACACAUGAUCAAUUCAGUUGCCGGUGAACUAAUCAACGAAGCAGCAUUAGCUAUGGAAUACGGAGCAUCAUGUGAAGAUGUCGCACGUGUUUGUCACGCCCAUCCAACAUGGUCAGAAUCAUUAAAGGAAGCUAAUCUUCAAGCUUAUUUUGGCAAAGCGAUUAACUUUACAUAA